AUGUCUUCAGGAGAAACACAAUCGGUAAAUGACUAUCAACAGAGAAAAUGGCAGCAUAUACGAAAACUGUUGGAAAGAUCAGGUCCAUUUUGUCAUCCGGAUUUUGAGCCUUCACCUGAAAUAUUAGAUUUUAUCAUGAGCUGCUGCAAAGUGCUAAUUGUAGGUGCGGGCGGUUUAGGUUGCGAGCUUCUAAAAGAUCUCGCCUUGAUGGGAUUCAGAACAAUUCAUAUUGUAGAUAUGGACACAAUUGAAUUGUCUAACUUGAACAGACAGUUCCUAUUCAGAAAGACUGAUAUUGGCUUAUCAAAAUCAAAAUGUGCUGUGGAGUUUGUUAAUAAAAGAAUUCCUGGUUGUAAAGCUGUAGCACACCACUGUGCUAUACAAGAUUUGGAUGAAGGAUUCUACCGUCAAUUCCACAUUGUGGUCUGUGGUUUGGAUUCCAUAGUUGCCCGCCGAUGGCUUAAUGGAAUGCUAAUGUCCUUACUGCAAUACAAUGAUGACAGAAGUUUGGAUCAAAGCAGUGUAAUACCACUAGUGGAUGGAGGUACUGAAGGAUUCAAAGGAAACGCAAGAUUGAUUCUGCCAGGCAUGAGUGCUUGCAUUGAGUGCACCUUAGAUUUAUAUCCGCCACAGAAGACUUUCCCUUUGUGCACUAUUGCCAAUACUCCAAGAUUACCAGAGCACUGUGUAGAGUAUGUGAAGGUGAUUCAGUGGGCUAAAGAGAAUCCUUGGGGUGCCACUACUCAGUUGGAUGGUGAUGAUCCUCAGCAUGUUGCUUGGGUCUUGGAAAAGGCUCAAGAGAGAGCCAUCAAACAUGGAAUAACAAAUGUAACUUACAGACUCACCCAAGGAGUUUUGAAAAACAUUAUCCCUGCAGUUGCAAGCACUAAUGCUGCAAUUGCAGCUGCAUGUGCUACAGAGGUGUUUAAGUUGGCUACUUCAUGUUGCACAAACAUGAAUAAUUACAUGGUGCUAAAUAUGGCAGAUGGGGUGUAUUCUUACACAUUUAAUGCAGAACGACGCCCAGACUGUGUAGCAUGUAGUAACACAACUAGAGUACUGGAGCUCGAGUCUAAUGCUACAUUGCAAACAAUAUAUGACAAACUUUGUGAAGACCAGGCCUAUUUGAUGAAGAGUCCAGGUAUUACUACUGUAAUUAAUGGUCGAAACAAAACUCUCUACAUGGCAUCAGUAAAGAGUAUUGAAGAAAGAACAAGAGAUAACCUAAAGAAAAAAAUUACAGAACUGGGUCUAUUUAAUGGAGCUGAGAUCUUGGUUGCUGAUGUAACAACACCUAAUACAAUCACCAUAAAAUUAAAAUUUGAUGAAAAUAUUGAUGUAGAUAUGACUCGAUAA